UGAUCUAUUUUUAUUUUAGUUUUGAAGGUUCCAUUACUUUUUAUAUACACUUUAUUCUUACAGCAACAAUAAUAAUAACAAAUAAUAAUAACACAUAAUAGUAAUAAUAAUAAUAAUAAUAAUAAUAAUAAUAAUAAUAAUAAUAAUAAUAAUAAAAGGGCUGAUUGUUUUUGAGGCUGACAGUUCAUGACGUCACUGCUGCCCGUCCAAAGUGUAAUGUAAGCCCUCAUUAACCAUCUGCUGACGCUACACCUUCUCAGCACCGCGGACAGCUCCGAUCUGCAUACCGAGCAGAUGGCGUCGGUCUUAAAAGCCCGCAUGGAGCGACUCCGCAUCGGACUUUCACCGCGACCGCACGGCCAGCAGCAGCAGCAUGGAUAACAGACCCGGCUUCCCGCACAGAAUCACCCCAGAUGCGCAUUUACAUUACAGACCGACACGUUCCACAUCAGACGCCAGAGGGACGCCCACGGGCAUGAAUCUGACCGACCCGUUAUCUGGGAAGUUGACCGAGAAGGAGCUGAUGCACGGCCUGAACCGUCGUCUCGCAGGAUUCAUAGAGAAAGUGCACCACCUGGAGCACCAGAACCAUCUGCUGGAGAGGCAGAUCGAGGACAUCAGGGGGAAAGCGAAAGCCGCGUCCGGUUUGGAGGAGGAGUACGGACCCGAGCUGAGGAAACUGAGACAGCUGGUUCAAGACAUCACCCAUCAGAAGCAUCAGAUCGAAAUAGAGCAUCAGAAUUUAGAGGGCGAGCUGUCCGGCUUGAGAAGACAGCACGAGCGGGAGGCGCGCAGCAGAUCCGAUGCCGAGGGCUCCAUCGUGGUCCUCAAGAAAGACAUCAGCGACGCGUAUCAGGCUAAACUGCAGCUGGAGAAGAAAGCGCAAGCUCUCGUGGACGAGAUCCGAUUCCUGAAGAGAAACCAUGAGGCCGAGGUGUCGGAGCUGUUUGACCAAAUCCAGGAUGCGCAGGUGGCAGUCAGGGAGCAAGAAUUUGGCAACCCCGGCGUCACUGCGGCACUCCGGGACAUCAGGGCACAGCUGGAAGGUCACACCGUGUCCGACUUCCAGCAGGUAGGAGAAACUUUCCGAUCCCAGUUUGCAAGAUUAACCGAGGCGGCUGAGAGCAAGAGGGAGGCGUUAAAAGCGAGCCAGCAGGAGAUCCAGGAGUACAGGAGGAGACUGCAGGCCAAGAACAUCGAGCUGGACUGCGCUAAAGGCACCAGGGAGGCGAUGGAGAAGCAACUUCAUGACGUGGAGGAUCGCCACAAGCAAGAAGUGAUUCAUUACCAGAACACAAUCAAAGAACUUGAGAAUGAGCUCAUAAACUGCAAAUUUGACAUGUCCGGUUACCUGCGGGAAUACCACGACCUGUUGAAUGUCAAGAUGGCUUUGGAUGUGGAGAUACUGUCUUACAGGAAACUUCUCUGCGGUGAGGAGGCUCGGCUCUCCACCCUGUCAGACACCCACAUCUCCCUGCCCUACAUCUACCACCAGUCCCCGGUUUACACCCUGCCUUGCCUCAGUCGCCCGGGAGGCCCGCACAGACGGGCUGAGCCCCAGUACAAGUUCGUAGAGGAGAUCAUCACGGAGACCACCAGGGAAAUUGAGAUGUCGGAGUUUGAGGAGACAGGAUCCGAGGAGACAGAGGUGGGAAAGGAUGAGCAGGAGAAAAGAGACAGAGGGAGAUGUGAGGAGGGGGAUGGGGAGGAGGAGGAGGAUGAUAAUAAAGACAGUCGAGAGGAAGAUGGUGAGCAGAUGUGUGACAGUGAGCAGAAUCAAGUAGUAUCGCCAGGGACUUUAGAGAAUGGAGGAGGGGUGAGUGACAGUGAAAAAGGUCAGACAAGUAUAGGGGCGGCUGACAGUGGAGGAGACAGUGGCAUAGACAGAAAUACUCAAAACAACUUAAGCGAGAGCACUGGUGAGGAAACAGAAGAGCAACAUCAAAAAGCGGCAGAAAAACCAAAAGAAGAGAAAGACGCUGCAGUGAAAAUGGAAGCAGAUCAGAAAGAUCUCCCUUCAAAAGCAGAUGGUUUAAAGCACAAAGUCCCGGCGGAGGAGGAGAGUCUGGAAAAAUCUGAUGAAAAAGGCGAGAAAGACAGCUUUAUCUCCGCUCAGGUGAAGAUGGCUGUUGACGAGACCGUGGCUCAAGUGUCCAAUAAACCAGACAAAACUCAAGAGCUUAGCAGUGUCGUUCAAGUGCAAGACAAGGCCUCCACUUUGGCUUCAGAAACAGCUGAGAAACCAGCAGAUUUUACAGCAGACGCAAAAAGCACUCUGUCUGUAGAGACAGGGGAGCUUUCAGUAAAGGCUCAAGUAUCAUCAAGUGCAACGACCAAGAGUGAGGAAAAGGAAAACAGCCAUACAGAUCCAAAGGAAAUAAGUAAAUCCGAAGCUGCAAAAGUUGAGGAUAAGGUAGCAAAAAUUGUCCAAGAUGCUAAACAUGAUAGCAAUAAAGGCCAAGAUGAAGAGUCAUCACUUAAAGCUAAUGCAAAAAGUCUUCCUGAAGUGAAAGAUCAGAGGCCAAGCAGUGGUGAAAAACUGCCAACAGUCCAAACUGAGUUGCCAAAAGAGAGCACAUGUACCAAUGCAGGUAACACAGAGGUACACCAGGGGGAGCCAGACAGCAGCCAGGUUCCGAAAUCAAAGCUGCCUGAAGUUUCGGAGAAAAAAUAAAUAAUCCUGAGGGUAAAGCUGAAAAGGUGGAGAGCAGUCAGUCAGAGAAAUAAGAGGAAAAUGCAACAUUAUCACCUUAAAUUACAUGCAGCAGCAGUUGAUGGGCAAAUAUCAGGGAGAGUGAAGCUGAAAAAACAGAAUGGCUUAACUAAUGUGUACACUGAUGCAAGCAAAGACAAGCCAGCUCGGAGCUGUGAAGUCUCUUCAGAAUGACCAUUUUAAAAGGAGAGAGCAUGAUUCUUCUGAUGUUUGCAACAGCUUUGCCUUCGAACUUUAAAUCGAUUCAGAUCUUUUGACUUAACUCAUGUAAACAUGAAUGUGAACAAUGCCAAGUCUGAAUGUGUGUGCUGACUAAUAAAUGCAAUAUCAAAAAAAG